AUGUUGCGGCUAACCCGCCGGGUCGUUGUGACACUUCGCGCGUCACAAAACUCGUGGGGCCCCUUCGGACUUUCUACCAAACAUAGAACAAGACCACACUCCAACUACAGCUUUGACACACAACCCUUUGUGCCUCAGGCGGCCCAGAAUCAGCUGUGA